CCGUUCCGUAUCAGAAAUACUUUUUCCCAGAAUUCUCACCCUUCCGGUCCGCCGAAAGAAAGAGUUAUACAGUGAGUCUAGAGACUCGAGACUCUCAAACAGGUACUGGGCGAACCAAGAAAUUUUAGCUGCUACAGUCGGUAUAGUGGCUGAGAUGCAGCAGCAACAACGACAGUUGGGUUUUGAAGAAUCAUCAAAUAUUGGUAGCAAUAGGGGGAGUCUAUUGAUUCGUCACCUUCCAGAAGCCAUUCCUGAGGAGACCCUGUUUCGGCUAUUGUCCCACUAUGGUGCUUCUUCUGUGCGCUCUUGCUCUGCUACUGGCCGGUUGAGGAACUGCGCAUUUGUGGAUUUCCAAAAUGAAGGCUUGGCUUACCAAGCACAGCGUCAGUUGAACGGGCUGAGGUUUCUUGGUAAGGUCUUAAAAGUGGAGAGGGCGACCGCUAAUAAUGAUAAGCCAUCGCAGGCUGCUAACAAGGAUUCUCUUUCUCUAACCGCCACUUCCAAAUCAUCUUUGGUCCACAAUCCUACCAUCAAUAGAGAUAUUCAAGAAACUGAAGUCUCAAGAUCAGAGCCCAUUGCCCCUAGGCUUGGUGUAGACUAUCCCUUUCCUCCUCACCUUGAGUAUGCUUACCCGCCACCGGAUGGAAAUAUACUGACCAACAUUGUAAAUGCUCUUAUUGCUGUUCCUCGAUUUUAUACACAGGUUUUGCACUUGAUGAACAAAAUGAAUAUACCAGCUCCAUUUCGUAUGGCUCUUCCCUCUCCACCACUACCACCUUCAGUACCCGUGCCACCACCACCUCCCCCUCCUCUAGCUGCAAAGCCUCCCUCGGCAGAUUUAUCAAGUGAAGAGUCAGAAAUGGAGUCUUCAGACGAGGAGGUUGAUGGAAAACCCUCGAGCGGAACUUCAAGAGGACGGAAGCGUGUCAAACGAGAAGCUAUUGUUGGUCCUGCAGUUGAUAAAGAUGUAGCUCACGAAGAUGUUGGAUUGAAACCGGCUAUUCUGGUCCCUAAAGAGAGGCCAAUGAUAAAAAAGAAGAACCCUAUCGUACAGAUAAAAAUUGCCCCCAAAGUUGUUAACAAUGAACAUAAAGAUGAUAGCAUUACCAAAGACUCAGAGCAUCCAAAAAAUGAGAGUUCGGAUAUUAACUCUUUUGCAACUCCAGAAGAACUAGAAAGAGGAAAGUUGCCUCCAGAAGAAAUAUUAUCGCUGCCGAUGUUUAAGAACUAUGCAGCUGGGAAUCCUGCCUCUGUGUUGUAUAUAAAGAACCUGGCAAAGGACAUCGUUGCUGAUGACUUCUACUACAUAUUUGGGUCAUUAUUUGGAAGCGUUGAUGCAGCCAAAUCUGGUCUCAGUCUAAAGCUUAUGCAGGAAGGAAGAAUGAGGGGCCAAGCUUUCGUGACAUUUCCAUCAGUUGAACUAGCCCAUUAUGCUUUGAAUCUAGUGAAUGGGUAUGUAUUCAAAGGCAAACCAAUGAUCAUCCAGUUUGGCCGGAAUCCUGCAGCGGGCAAAGCAAAUUAAGGUCGACUAUCAGCGGAAAGUUCUAGAGGGAUGGGGUUUUCUCCAGAACUCAUAAAGCUUGAAUGCCACACUUUUAUAUAGUGCUACCACACAUGGAGCAAAAAGUGGACUGAGAGCUGGUGCUAAAAAGGUUGAAGAUACAUACCCAGAUGAUCUCAACAAGGCAAUUCCUGCAUCAAUUCAAAAGUUUUAAAAGUACUGCAUCAGAAAGCAUAGUGUUUUACAUUGAUCCAUGCUGUCGCCAAGACCUGGCCAAUUAAUUGACUGUACGAUUCGACUUGUGGAGUCGCUGAUGCAGGGUACCAAUUGUGGCAUUCCUCUUCCCAUUGUCCAUAUUGUCUUUUUUUCCUUUUUAUAUGGAAAUGAAAUUUUUUUGGGGGUUAUAUUUUUCAGUUGUAGGCUUAAAAGAUACAAAUAUGAGAAGCUUGUAAAGGCGGAAA